AGAAAUUUUUAUUAUCAGUUGAGUCCUUCGUCAAAGAAUUUCGUUUUGCUUUGAACAAAUGUGAACGGGUUACACUCAGUUCAUAUUGCAGUAGUACAACUGUUGUUGUUUUUCUAAUAUUACAUAGAUUUCUUUCAAGAUGGUUGCGACACAUUUGUAGUCAUUGACGUAAUAUUACGCUUCUUUUGAUCCAUAUCUGGUUACUAAAAACGUAGUCAUAAAAAUCACCAAAUCCAUUUUCUAAGAAACAAAUCUCCUUCCACUUCAGUUCUUAGAAGACAUUAGGACAAAUGACCUAGAUUCUUAAAACUCUAUUACCUACCUAGAGGCAUAACAUCGUGAAACUUACAUUUAUACACUGUUAUUUAUUGUAUUCGUGAAUAUAAGAAUUUUAAAUAAUUUAAUGAACCAUAAGAAAGGGAAUGUUAUUAAUCCAAUCUCAUAUUUCUUUCCACCCCAAAAAAUAUAUAGAAAUAAUUCCUACAUUUUAGGUCCACAUAGAAAUACUAAAAUUUCAAAAUAUUAGGUGGAUAUAUAAUUUUGUGGAGCAUUAUAUAAGUUUCAUUACAAAUGUCACUCCACAUUGGAAGGUGUUAAAGGUCUCAUAGUUCCUAAUAACCGUAAAGACGUCAGCUGGAUUAUUCAGAAACGGUCAAUAUUGAACAGGAUACAAUGAACGUAAGUCAUUGAAAUGACAAAGAUAAAGCUGGUGUCUCUUUUUACUCGUGUCGAUCGCACUAGGCAUCCUGACAGACCUCGAAUUACUUCGAUUUCUAUACACUCUAUCACAUCCUGUACACGUCAAACACCUGCGAUUGUGCAACGAAAGCACGUUUACACCUAGAUUUACUUUGUCUGUCGUGUUAUCAUUCGAACGGACACAUUACCCUUUUGUAAACGACCAAGCCCGGAAACCUUAUAAAGUAACUUAACUCGAUUUUUAUUGCCAGUCGCCGGUUAAGAUUCUUCCCGAAACAUUCGUCAUGUAUUCGCAAGCAUUAUUUUUCUAUUCGGUGAUCUAUUAUAGUAUUGUUCGCGUUCAGUGUACCGCAAUCUUUCUUACCACCCCGCCUGUAAAUCCUAUCGAUAGAGAUUCCAGGGACAGGUGGAAAUUUUUGGGAGAAAAUGUGCCGGUGGAAGAAGGCUCACCACCGUUUGAUUGGAAGUUUCAAAGAGAAUUACCUUACGAGGGUGUUUCGAUAGGAGGUUGGGUCAAUAAUGAAUUCUUUCAGAAGUUCAGAGAAGAUAAGGGUGAAGGAACUGUGCUGUUUUCGGUGGACGAAUGCUCUAGGUACUGCAUCAAAAAUGGAUCCAGCGAGGAUGACGAGGAUUUUCAAUAUAUGAAUCUGUUUUGGACUGUUAAUAUUACAGAUAUAACGGACGAUCUUUUAUCAAAUGAUCUGUCAAGAUUAAUGCCAGAAACAAAUGUGCAAGGUUCGAACAACAGCCUCGGGAAAUGUCAGAUUUACCUUGACCUGGAUUGCAACACAAGUGAAACAGGGACUGCAACGAAUUAUAUAAAAAAUAUAUCUAAAAACUUUAACAAACCCGAUUUUCAACCCUCUGUAAAAUUAGUGGAAAGAUAUAAUUUAAAUAACCAUACUGAAAUAAAGUUUAUGGUGGAUACUGUGAUAAACAGAAUUAUCAUAAAUGUAGAUGGGAAUGUUUCAAAUGCUAUGAUUCGAGUACCAAUUGCUUCGAGGAACGGUCGUGAAACAAUGAUCACUUGGACACGUAAGGGCUACGCGGAUGGGGUCAGAAUCGACACACGAAACCCGCCACCUGGCGAGUGGUGGGUGAAACUCGUAGGGGAUGAUAACGCGAAAUACCACUUCCAGGUUGAGGGCGUCAUCGAAGAGAACCCUCCGGGCAAACUGUUUUCUCCGGCACCGAGAAUUAGUGGAAAUAACGAUGUAAUAACGAUUACACCACAUCGUUUAAAUAUUCAACGUGAUCCGAUUCUAAAUAUAGAAGAAAAAUCCGACGAUUUCCUGAAGACAAACGAUUCGGAAGUAAUUAAAGCUGAACAACGUAAUUUGGACGCAAGAAACAAUUCUAAAUUAGUGGAUGAUAGACAGAUAACUCGAGAAAGAUCUUUGAAACGACGAACAUUCCUCCAAGAACAAAAUGAACAAGCAACAAAGGAAGAAACAAAUAAUAAUGAAUCAUCGGUAAUUAUUUCCAAUACUGAUAAUGAAUUUAUUAAUUACGCCGAGUAUGUUACUUUUAUGGACGAUGAUGGAAACGCAACUAUUCCGAAGAAAUUCGAUAAUGGUGACAAAUUAUUUGAAAAAAUGUUUCCAACCGAGGAACAGGAAAAAAUUCGUGCAAGAUCUUCAAUCGAUGCGGUUGAAAAUCUCGACAUUGAUAACAGUGAACCACUAAAGGCAAACAAUAUUGAUAUAUCUGUGAGAAAAAUAGAAACCCUGGACAAUGAUGAAUUAUCUGAAGAGCUGGUAAAUUAUGCCAAUCGAAAUACUAUUGAAGAGAAAAAGAUGCUCAUAGAAGUAAACAGAAACAGCAAUUUACUUGUCACACCAGGAACAAUACACAGAAUAGUUUUUGAUGUAAUGAACAACUGUGUUUUACCAGUGAGAUAUGCAUUUCAAGUAAAGAGUACACCUUUUAAACUAUACAAUGUUCAACCCCUCUAUGCAUGGAUUUAUCCUGGACAAAUAAGUAAGGUAGCAGUGGAUUUAAUUGUACCUAAUAAUGCUGCACCAGAUACAGCUAACACAGUUACUUUCUUUAUUGUGGGCACAGAAAUAAAGGAGAAAUCAGUAUAUCUAUAUGUACAAGGUUCAGUCUCGAAGUUGACUGAUGAUGUUAAACCAAAGAUCGAAUAUUCAUUCAAUAACAAUUGUGCUGGAAAACUAGCAAAAGAUCAUUGCUAUAAAUCUCACUGGAGUAUAGAUGUUACAAUUGAAGACUAUGAUUCAGGUCUAAAGCGAGUAAUUUCAUCUCCAAGGAAUAUUUAUCCACGUACAGAAUUUAUUAGUGGUACAAGGAGUCCUGUAACAUUUUAUUAUUCUGCUACCUGUUGUGACACAAGUGCUAAAAUUACAGCUAUAGAUCUACUAGAUAAUUAUAACACCUAUACAGUAGAUGUUACAGCAUGGAAUAACUUAUCAGAAGCAGAGAUAGCAGCUAUUACAAUGGGAGCACUGUUAGCUUUAUUACUUAUUAUUUUGAUCAUUAUUAUAAUAAUAUACUGCUUUCGAAGAAAGAAGAGCCUUGAUCUACCUUAUACACAAAGAUAUGGAUCUAGACCUCCAGCAAGUGCUGAAAGAACUAACUUUUAAUUCCUCAUUUGUACUAACAAAAUUUAUAUUAUACAUGUAAUAUUCUUUAUAAUUUAGAUUAACAUUAUAAUUAAACUUUAUUUGUACCACAUAUAUUUGUAGAAAAUGUAAAUACUUAAAUUUUAACAUUACUUUUAUUAUUACAUACGACUGCAAUUAUACCCUCCAUUUGUAUUUUGUACAAAUAUAUUUUAGAAAAUAAAGAUAUAAUUGUUAUAUGUAUAGUGGCCUAAACAUUAACGUUUAUCUACCAAAGAUUACAUAAUAAAAUAAAUAUUACAAAAUCUAAAACCUAACGCUUAUUCAGUGAAUUAUUAUGAAAUCAUGAGACAAAUUAUAUGAAACUGGUUAAACCUACAUAUCUUUGAUUUGUACAUUGCUGUAUUUCGCAAUAUGGAAUGUAAUAUAGAUUCAAUUUUAAAAAAUGUCACAGAAGUGGAUCAAAUAUCCAUAUUUAUUUUAUGGAUAAGAGUAUGAAAUGCAAUAAAUAAAAUUAUAUGGUUUCAUAAUUUUAAGAUUAAUAAAAAGAUAAAUGAACACCAAAGGUGUAA